AUGAUUCCCGAACGCGCCCUCGCCGCUCUCUUCUUUACCCUGGGCGCCCACGGUGCCGCCACAGGAGACUUUGGCGUUUUGGACCUUGGAGAUCUGGCUCGCAGGACGCAAAAAGCCCAGAGGACUAUCAGACGCCUCAAGGGCGACAUUCUAGCCAAGGGGCCGCCACAUGUGGCUUAUGAUCUCAAAGGCGAGGGCUACGCUUGUUACCAUAUGCAUCGCCCACUCCUUGCCACUCCAGAGGGACUCGACAUCGAGAUUGUUGCCAAUAUAGACAAGGAAUUCUCGACUGGAUCAAGCGCUGCGUCGAUCGACAUCUCUACGUCUACCGCAAGGGUUGACACUUCCUCCAGCGGGUUGAGGAUAGAAGACUCUACGACGAUUGGGGCUGAAGCUUCCGUCACCGUCGGCUUCGCCGGCUCUGGCGCGACGGUCUCUAUUUCUGGCAGUCAGACAGGCUCCAAUGAGCAGAACAGCGAGACGGGCCAGCAAAACGAGCUUCGCGAGGAUGUCAGCAUGACUUUCGAGUGUCCUGCCCAGACUACUUGCUCCAUCCAAACCUGGACUUAUGUUGCAAAGCUCACGGGGACCUGCCCCCAGGUGCCAACAGUCGACCCAGUUUGCUUCGAUAGGUUGGUCCAGGGGGUGGGGAGCUCCGACGAGUUCCCCGCCCAUGAGGCCUUGAAGAACUUUAUGCAGGCCAAUCUCACGCUUCCCUCUGUCAACGAGCAGGUGCCUGCUUGGGCCAAGAUCGGAGCCGAAUACUACAACAUGACCAAGAAGAAUAAUUCGCCGGCUGGCAAGGUCCUUCCGUCCAAGCUUAUUGGCAAUAAUUGGUGGGCCUCUGAGAAGGAAUAUACAAUCACCUGGACCGAAAAUAAGCCGUGUGACUUAGCCACGCCUCUGUACCAGGACAACAAGACGCCCAAGAGGUCACAGGUGAUUGUUGAAUAUCCAGAUAAGUUAUUCGAUAAGCGCAUGGUUAAGAGAGACGAGGAGCAGACUCCUGAGGAACUUGGUCUCAAGGUUAUAAUUCUGCGGGAGUUCCUCGACUGA